AACUGGUUUAAACCGUUUAAACUAUCUAGUCAACAUGACGGACAUGACGUAUUUUAACAAUGUGGUAACAACGUGUCUACUCUCAACCUUAAAUUUAUAUAAUCUUCAUAAAGCUACAUUUAUUUUUCAAAAUACAAUACAUCAUGAAAUUAUCAUAAUUCAAGCAGUCGUCGAUAUGUUCAAUUUAUUGAGCAAUCAAUUUAAACUUACAUCAUCGCGCUACAAAAUCCAGAAGAAACAAACCCAUUGACUAAUAAUGACUCAAUAGUGGAGCAUAUAUGAAUAAUUAUUAAUAUUCUGUAUGAUGUAUUAUAUUAUAAACAUUAAUAUCGUCAUAACUUCAAGUAAAUACGAUAUGCCAGGAUUGUGGUAUUCUUAGGUCAACAUAGCUCUAACGGUAACCAAGUGAAAGCAGACUCCUACCACGUCGUGGCUAUGGAGUGCGCGAGACUAAAUUCAAGUUUAUUUUCGCUGUUGUUUGACGGUCGCACAACCAAUAGCACGUAAUUAUUUAACGAGGGUGAAGAUUUCGGGUGAGCGAAGAGUCGAACAUGUGAGAGAGCACAUUCCAAGAAAGUGGAUUGCGUUCAAAGUGGCGCGACAUCGCAAACGAAUAUUGGAUCAGCUGAUGAGUGGCAACAGACGAGCGCAGACGAGCGCAGACGAGCGAAGCCCAUUGUUCUUAUUCUUGGUUAUGGCGACAAGCAGCUCUGAUGGUUCUUGUGCAGCACCUGCAGAUUUUCAACUUUCCUCAGAGCUAGAAGACGUUUCAAGUCGACUGAGUGUUAACUUGUUGAAGUGUCCCCUUUGCCACAACAGCCGACGCAUUUUCUAUUGCAGACAAUGUAUCCAAAAUGGGGAUUUCGUUCAUUCUACUUCUGUUUACUCUGAACGUGACAAAAAUGUUUUCAGGUUUGCGGAUAAACAAUUACGGUUGUUACGGUUGAAGGCUGCCAGAGCACAAUUAGAAGAAAAGUGUAUGAAAGCUCUUGAAAAACAUAAACAAAGGGAUAAGCUGAUAUGUGAUAUAAAUACAUGUAAAGAGCGAGUACGACUUCUUCAGUCACUAGUCAAUGAGACAAGGCAAAGUAUAAACAGAGGUAAUCAACGGCUGAACAUUUUGAAAGAUGUAAACUCUCAGCUGGCCCUAAGAUUGCCUAGACACGAGGAACGUGUAGAGAAGCUGCAUCACUUUGUUGCUGGGUUAAGAGUUAAACAGGGGAAACAAAAAGAAGCUGUUGACAGAAAGAGACAACAGCUUAAGAAAGUUAUCAGAACUGCAGCGAAGCAGUUAAUCCAAUAUAUAUUUCCAUUGACUCAAGUUCAGCCUAAUAGAAGUUUAUGUAGCAGCGAAGAUGAGAGUACAAGUGUGGAUGUAGUGACUUGUGCGCUGGCUGAUGCUUCAGGUACUUCUUAUGUAAGAGGAAGAUGGAUUAAUGAUACAGAAAAUAGUUUGGAAAUGCAACACCGAAUUGUAGCUCCAACUUUACCUGGAACUGGUGACUAUAGUGCUUAUUCACUCUGGGUGGCAGCAAAUAAGGAUGGUGUACCUGGUGGAAACAAAGAAGAUGCGAUGCACAAUCCGGCGUACAACAUUAGUGCUGCUCUAACAUAUGCAACACAAUUGGUUAAUAUUAUUGCAUAUUACGUGAAUGUUAGACUUCCCUACAAGCUUCCAUACGGUGAAUUCUGUGGUAGUGAAAUGUCAGAUCAGAAGUUUGCCAAGAAAGUUGCAAGGCUCAAUAGUAACGUGCUACACCUAUGUUUUACACAAAACACUGAUAUCGCAGUUUUGCAUCCCAUGCACACGUUGCAAAACCUAAUGCAUUUGCUCAACACGGAAAUCAGUGAUCUCGGAAGGAUUGGACCAAUGGAGGUGGAUCCUAGUAUAGUCGCCCAAUUACAUGGUCAACUCGUUCCUGAUCUUGAAAACAGUGACGAUUCUGCUUCUGACGAAGAGGAAGAUGCCAUCAAUUGGGAAUGGGAAGCGGUGCCAAAUGUUGCCUGUCCCGAAAUGCCUCUUCCCAUACCAGGCUCUAUGACUAGCCAACAAUCAUCUAGUAUGCAGGUGAACCAAAGUGUCGCGGGUGGUUUAGUAACGAGUGCAGCAGCUAGUAUUGUUUCCAUUUGGCGUGGCUGGACAACCAACAAAUAGAUUAUUAUAAUUUCGAGUUCUUUUAGCGUAUCCUGUUCUUUAUGAUCAUUCAUCGAGAAGUAUACGCAAUAAUUCAGUAUUUGAAGAUUGUUGGAUACGAUAGAAGGAAUUAAAUUGACGGUGUUACUCUGUCAUUUUUCCGAACAAUUUUAUCUGCAGCUGAUAACCAAAUCAGUUUGUAUAAAUCAGGAGAGAAUGUGUGUAUAAAUAAUAUUGCCACCACGUUUUUUUUAACCUGAUGAAGAGAGAAUGUGAGAGAGGAUCCAGAAAAUCGUAUGGCUAGUGAAUGAUAAACCAUAAAUUUACUGUGAAAAUAUACUCGCUGGCUAGAGUAUUGCCGAUGUGUCCUCUUCUCUUUAUUCAAAUACUGUUUUUGUGAUACGACUCAGCAUUACUUUAAUACGGCGACGGAGAAUACCAACGUUACUGUUCUCAACAAAUUUCAUAUAAUGGAUAAUCCAAACCUUUGAGGUACACUAGACAAAUUCUAUAGAAAUAGCGGAGUCUUUUUAUUAUACAUGUGAACGUAUACCAUUACACAAAUGAUAUUUAGUUUAUACUUCCAUUCACAUUUCCGUCAGUUAUUAUACCACCGUAAUGAUUAGUAAUACUAAGUUAUAUUUUUAUGAGUCCAUCGUUAUUCCUUGUUUAUGCAUCUGACAAUUCAUUUGGAUGAAAAGUUAUCGUCAAUUGCGGAUAAACUUAUUUAAUGCUGUAUAUUUUUUAUGAUUUUGCAAUCUCGUAAAGUAUGAGAUUUCUCGUAGAAUUAACGUUACGAAAGGAUUGCAUGAUUCCAAGUUGAUUCCGUGAAUUAGUUCUUGAAACGACAUGUAUAAUUUUGCAGUGGUAUACAACACUCAUUGAUUUUGCUCGGUACGUUGUUUUUUGCAACUUUCACUUUCGUUCUCUUCAUACAACGUGCAAUCAAAUAAAUCAAGAAUGAUCUUGCUACUUAAAGACUACUAAGUAAACUUGUCUACUUAUUUUAUAUGCUAAGUCCUUGCUGCUUUGAUUAUCUUAGCAAUAUAAUACGAGUGGUUUUGUGAUUCUUGUGUCUUAUUACGCAUAUUGAGCUAUGUGCAUAUUUUUUUACAAUCACGUCAUUGAGAAUUAAGCGAUCGGCGAAAGGCGCUUACUCGUUGACAAUAUAAAUGAAAUAAAGUUGAAAAUUUUGUAUUACAUUGAAUAUUUUUGGUCUCAUUAGGUUAUUAUAUGAUACCAUAAGAUUAUAAGACAGUUUAUGAAUAUUUUGUAUUCGCGUAUUUAAGAUGGCUCGAUAUAUUUAAAAGUGACGUAAAAUAAACAUUUUAUAUCUUAAGUUAUAACGUUAUCAUUUGAGUACGACCACGAGAAGAGUAAAAGAAUAAUAAUAACUUUUUAGAAGUAAUGACAAAUCAAUAUUGUAAAUAGUUAUAACUGCAUUCACAACAUUGCAUAUAUACGUGGGAGGUAGUUGACUGAUUAACAAUUUUUACAAUGAAUAGUGCGACUAUAACAAUUCAAAACAAGUUCAGAUUAUUUUUUUAUAGUUAGAAAAUUGCGUUGUUUAAUUUUAAGAACGCCGAAAAAAUAAAUAGAUAAUAAACAUUGUGCACUAGUUAUGACAAAGAUGAAAAAAGAGAAAGAAUAUUGCAUUGUUAUUCAAGUUUUUCAUACAAUCCACAAAUCAAAUUGUCACGCGAGCAAUAAAACACGAGAACGAAUCUGUAAAAGAAAUAUAGUGUAAUCAACUAAAAGUACGCGGCUCUUGGGCGUAAUUUAAUUGAGAUUUAGUUAAACUCCGCAGUACGAAUUCUCGAGUUGAUAUUUAUUAAAUGGACACAUGUAUAUAUAGUGAAAUGUGAUAACAAGUUUCUUCAACGAUUAAAAAUAAUCUUUAUGUACAUCGUGAGAAGUAACACUAUAUGCUAAACUAGUAAUUAUAGAGCAACGACUCGGUGAGAGUUAUACAUAUAUUUUAAAAACUAUGUUCCAUUGGAAGAACAGUUUUCCGAUGUUGCAAUUCUUCUGCAUUACAGAAAUACCAAUUGUGGACUCGCUCUAGUUGUAUCAUUUCGUAUAAUAGUAUAGACAGAUGGUUUACUUCUAAAAGAAAAUCACUUUUAUUUAUACAUCAGCACAAAAUUGUACGCAGUGUACAAUACAAUACGACAAGCAUACCAUAAUUUUCCCUUUUAUAAUGUUGAGCAACACUCUACCUUGUACUGAGUAUUGCUUGACAUAUUACGAAUCAUUGUCCCGAACCUUGUACAUAAGUUAAAAUGAAAGAUUUUGUAGAAAUGUCUUAGCGAUGUAGAGAGCCUACGAUAAUGAAGAAUAGAUGUGGUAUAUAGGCUAAAGCCGUUUUAAAAAUUGCAAUGUUAACGUUGUAUGAAAUGGCUAUGUUUUAUCUAAACAGACAAAGUUUUAAUGUGAUAUUUCAGACAAAUUAGAAUAUGUUUUUUUUAUUGUAAGUUAUUACGGGUUGUAAUAAAAUAUAUUCAACGAGA